GUUUAUAUCUUGGCACAAAAUUUGGCGGGAAGCGCAAACUGGAUCAGCCAUGGACGCGAAUGGAACGCCCCCAGCGACACCGCCCUCGCCUACGAGCCCCACACGACCGCCGCCUCGAUAUCUGACACGCGAGGUCCCAACGUCUCCCCUCUCUGAACCCCCUCUCUCCAUAUCAGCUCAUGCGCAGGCACCGCGCGACGAUGGUCAGCCCGUGUCUCCGAUGUCACCAAUGUCGGCGUCCGUUUCAGCCUCCGCAAUGUCCGCGUCUGCCGUCUCUGCUACAUACAUGCCCAACCGCUAUGAUUUCGCAGAGAUGAGCGCGUCGGUGGAUGUCACGCCGGCGCCUCGAUAUUUGGGUCGCCACGGAGCCACAUCCGAUGAUGCCGCGGUCGGGCAGGGCGGAGACGACGUGGAGGCAGAGCUGCGACGUAUGGCCCAACGUCAAUUGCCGCGUGGGGAUCUGGGCCGUCGUGAGUGGAUACUCGACAGCUUCCAACAAGGGCCACACGUGGUGAACCUGGACGACGGGGCGCCGUCUUCUCCCAGUAGCAGCUCCGUGGCCAGUAUCCGCAGUAGCAGGUCCGGCAUGCGGGCACCCACUCAGGCGUCACUGCCGCAACCGCCGGCGUCGCCGCCCAGUUCACCGCGGUCCAGUGCGUCGGCUUCUGCGUCUGCGUCGGCGUCGACGACGGCAUAUUCGCAGCUCCAGAGACAACAGCAGGAGGAGCAGCAGGCUUUUUCAGGUGCCGUUGUCUGGGGCACCAACAUUAGUAUAUCCGAGAGCAUGGAGCUCUUUAGAGGAUUCUUGCACCAAUUCAGGCAGGAAAAUAGUGACGCCAGUGACGAGCCGUACUAUAUCAAGUCGCUGCGGAGACUGGUGCUGACCCAAUCGCUCGUGCUGGAUUUGGACACGCAGCACUUGAGGCAAUUUCGCGGCGCACGGAAAUUGUACAACCAGUUGAUUUUGUUCCCUCAGGUGCUCAUCCGUAUCCUCGAUAUGGUGGUGACAGAAGAGUAUCAGGCGCUGCUGGCCGGUCCAGGAGCCGGCCCGGCAGCAAUUGACAACUUGGCAAACGUGGCGCUUCAGAUUCGACCGUUUAACUUGCGAGAUUUAUCUCCCAUGCGUCAUUUGAACCCCGCAGAUAUCGACCAGUUGGUGUGUCUAAAGGGUAUGGUUACUCGUUGCAGUGGUGUCUUGCCUGACCUGAAGGAAGCGUUUUUUCGUUGCGCGAUGUGCCAUGCGACGACACAAGUGGCUUUGGACCGUGGCCGCAUUGAGGAACCUACGAGUUGUACACGAUGUCAAGCCCGAAUGUGCAUGGAGAUGAUUCACAACCGUUGCGCCUUCACAGACAAGCAAAUGAUCAAGAUGCAGGAGACACCCGACGCCAUUCCUGAGGGUGAGACGCCGUACACAGUGCUCUUGUUCGCGUUCGAUGACCUCGUCGACGGCGUGCGACCUGGUGACAAGGUCGAAGUGACGGGUAUUUACCGCGCUGUACCGAUGCGUUCAAACUCUCGUCAGCGCGUAGUCAAGUCUGUCUUCAAGACGUACGUGGAUGUUGUACAUUUCCGUCGUGUGGAUGAGCUCACCAGACGUGAAGAGGGCGAGAAUGGCGAGAGUCUCAGCUCGGUUGCCCGGGAGGAGGAAGUUGAGACUAGCGUGAUUGGCCCCGCAGAUAUCGACAUCGAGAUGCCAGACCCUCUGGAAGAGCACGAAGAUGCUGCCGCUGCGGCUGAUGCACAGCAGGCACGUAAGCUCACAGCUUUCCGCCGUAUUGCAUCGCACCCCCGAGUGUACGAGAAUUUGGCUCAUUCAUUGGCACCAUCAAUCUGGGAACUGGACGACGUUAAGAAGGGAAUCUUGUGCAUGCUAUUUGGUGGCACAAGAAAAGAUGGAAGUAGCGGUAGCGUGAACGAAGAUGAGGGCGAGCACGGCCACGGAGGUGUGGCACCUAAACGCAAGAGUAUGCGCUCGGAUAUGAACGUUCUGCUGUGCGGUGAUCCUGGUACAUCAAAGUCUCAGCUGCUGUCGUAUGUGCACAAGCUGUCACCGCGAAGUAUUUACACUUCAGGCAAAGGCAGUUCAGCCGUCGGUCUCACGGCUUCGCUUAUCCGCGAUAUGGAAACAAACGACCUCGUGCUGGAGUCGGGCGCUCUGGUUCUUUCUGACGAGGGUAUCUGCUGUAUUGAUGAGUUCGACAAGAUGAGUGAUUCCGCUCGCUCCGUGCUGCACGAGGUUAUGGAGCAGCAGACAGUCAGUAUCGCCAAGGCUGGUAUCAUCUGCUCUCUUAACGCUCGAGCGUCGAUUCUUGCGUCUGCCAACCCCAUCGAGUCGCGCUACAACCCAAACAAGUCGGUAGUGGAGAAUGUGAACAUUUUGCCCACACUUCUCUCACGUUUCGAUCUUAUCUACCUCAUCCUCGACAAGCCGCAACCUGAGUCGGACCGGAAACUCGCAAAACAUAUCGUUACUCUUUACUACGACGAAGAGACCCGCGCGCGUGUGCGUGCUCAAAAUCGAGGCGGAGUGGGAGCACCGCAGCUUAUCAGCAUGAAGCUGCUGACCGAGUACAUUUCGUAUGCCAAACGCAACAUUCACCCACGUCUGUCUGCUGAGGCCCGAGACGGUCUCAUCCGCUCCUACUUAGAUCUUCGACGAAUGGGCGGCGCUAGCGCUGCUUCGGCAAAGAAGAACAUCACAGCUACGCCGCGACAGCUUGAGUCACUUAUCCGUAUUUCCGAAGCGCUUGCAAAGCUCAAGCUGUGCGAGACUGUGACUCGAAGUGAUGUCGAUGAAGCGUUGCGUCUUAUGAACGUGGCGACACAAAGAGCAGCUAUGGAUCCGCGGACGGGAACUAUCGACAUGGAUAUGAUCAACACGGGGCACAGUGUGCUGGAGCGCGAGGUGCUGGCUGAUCUCAUUGUUAGGAUGAAGGAGAUUUUGGGCGAGACUCCGAACCAGUCGAUGACAGUUCACGAAACUCGUCGGCGUCUGGAAGAAAAGCGCAAGAGCGAAGUCAAAGGAGCCGAGUUUCAGAUGGCACUUCGUUCGCUUGAGGAUGACAGUCUCAUUCAAGUCUCCCAUGGUGUGAUCCGCUAUUUCGGUGAUCCGACCGAUUAG